AUGCUCAAAGUGAGUGAAGUUGUUGCUCUCCAACUAGGCUGCGCUCGACUCAGCUUACAACUCGACCUUCACUCAUUGCCUCUCGCUCAUCGAGCAUGCUUUCCAAGGCAUCUUCCCCUACCAGCUCCCCUUAGCCUUCGACCACCUCCGCAAAACAUUGUGCACCCUCCACCUGCUCCCUCUUAUCCUCAAGUGGGUCCCAUCUUUGCCUACUCGCUCGACGCAGGCCCAGACGAUCAGGGCAGCCGAGUUCAAGUAGCGGGCGUUGGAGUUCUUCGCUGA